GGUGAGGUCGUUGGGCAAUAACAACAAUUUGUAUAUAAAAAAAGAAAAAAAGAAAAAAGUGAGCAGUAAGAGGUAGCAACAAGUAUCAACUCUCCCUUCCUCGUCGUCUCCGCCCCCUCUCCUUCUUCAUAUCUCUCAUUUCAAUUUCAUUCCAAUUUCAUUUCCAUUUCAUUUUCACAUUCCCAAAAUGAACGCACAUUGUUCUUCUUCCUCUUCGAUAUUCUCUAUGGCUUCUCCUUCUCUUCGCAACUCAACAACAAACCUUUCAUUCUCAACUCUCAUCCUCCCCCGUUCCUCAUCCCCUCGCCGCCGACCUUCUUCCUUCAAAAUCCAAGCCAAGAUCCGCGAAAUCUUCAUGCCCGCACUCAGUUCAACAAUGACUGAGGGUAAAAUCGUCUCCUGGAUUAAAUCUGAAGGCGAUACUCUCUCUAAAGGCGAUAGUGUCGUCGUCGUUGAAUCCGAUAAAGCUGAUAUGGACGUUGAAACGUUUUACGAUGGAAUUCUCGCUGCUAUUGUUGUUAAUGAAGGUGAAACUGCUCCCGUUGGUGCUCCCAUUGGUUUGCUUGCGGAGACUCCUGAAGAUAUCGCUGAAGCUCAAGCUAAAGCCAAAUCCGUCAAAUCCGCUUCUUCUUCUUCUUCUUCGUCUUCUCCGCCAAUCGAGGAUACUCCUCCGGUGAAUUCUCAACCUCCUCCUCCUCCUCCGCCGGCGGCUAAGUCUGUUUCCGAUGGUCCGAAGAAAAUUGUGGCUACACCUCAGGCGAAGAAGCUUGCAAAACAGCACAAGGUCGACAUUGCAUCGCUCUCCGGGACAGGUCCGUUUGGCCGGAUCACGCCGGAAGAUGUCGAGGCUGCCGCCGGGAUUACACCGUCGAAGAGUAAUGUAGCUCCGGCGGUGGCGACUCCUACUCCGGCGGCGUCGGUUCAACCAACAAAAUCAGCUGCUGCUGGUUCUUCUUCUGCUGCUUUGCUUCCAGGUUCCAGUGUUGUUCCUUUCACGACGAUGCAAUCUGCUGUUUCUAAGAAUAUGGUGGAGUCUCUCUCUGUGCCUACAUUCCGUGUUGGGUAUCCUGUCACCACUGAUGCUCUUGAUGCUCUCUACGAGAAGGUGAAACCUAAGGGUGUGACCAUGACUGCUAUAUUGGCUAAGGCUGUUGCUAUGGCACUUGUUCAGCAUCCAGUUGUCAAUGCCACCUGCAAAGACGGCAAGAACUUUCACUAUAACAGUAACAUUAAUGUUGCUGUUGCUGUGGCAAUCAAUGGUGGCUUGAUAACCCCAGUUCUUCAGGAUGCUGAUAAGUUGGACUUGUAUCUGUUGUCUCAAAAAUGGAAAGAACUAGUUGGAAAGGCUCGUUCAAAGCAAUUGCAACCUCAUGAGUAUAAUUCAGGAACUUUCACACUUUCCAAUUUGGGUAUGUUUGGAGUUGACAGGUUUGAUGCCAUACUUCCUCCAGGCCAGGGCGCUAUCAUGGCUGUUGGAGCAUCAAAGCCUACUGUACUGGCCGAUGCAGAUGGAUUCUUCAGAGUGAAAAGUAAAAUGCUGGUGAAUGUAACAGCUGAUCACCGAAUAAUUUAUGGGGCUGACCUGGCUGCCUUCCUUCAGACAUUCUCUAAAAUCAUUGAAAACCCAGAAAGCCUAACAUUAUAGUCGUUCUUCACUUUGAGAUAAAUUUAGUUAUACCAAACAUUGUUUCUUGAGAAGCUGUUUGGCUUAGUUCCUAAACUUUUGUACUUUUUAUUUGCUCUUGAUUUUUGAUUAUUUUACUAGAUCGAUCUCCCGGGAAUUCUUAAACUUUUGUAUUUUUUCUUUGCAUUUUCUUUUUUGUUAUAUCUUACUAGAUUGAUCACAUGUGUGAUGCACGGGUCGUGAUUGUAAUAAUAUUUAUGCACUUUGAGAAAUCAUAAAUUAAUUGUCUACUAAUUUAGUUGUCUA